GCAAAACAAAAGCCUUUGAAAUGUUGUCCACCGAAAACCCUAACUCUAGUCCCCUAUCUGAUUCUCUAGAAUUCAAUGAAAGGCACUUGGAUUCAAUAAUCUCCUCCUUGGUUACAUUUCCGGAUUCUCCAUCUCUCUCCAUAAGCUCCUCUUUCGAUCGAGUACUUGAUCAUCUUCUCUCCUCUGGUGAUGUCUCCGUCCAAGACCAACUCGUAGAUCGUACUCUCGAGCGCUUCUCGCUUCUUCUCCAAUCCACCAAACGUUGCUCCCAGAAACGAGCCACACUUCACAAUUCCAUCUCCUGGUUCCUCCCUUCGGAACUCACCGUUAAGGUAUUUUCGAUGGUUGAUACAAAAUCCCUAAUGCAAGCUUCUGCAUGCUGCACAAUGUUCAAUAAUUGUGCCAUGGACCCUUUAUGUUACUUUCAUAUUGAUUUGACAAAAGCAUUUAAACAUGUUGAUGACCGCGUUUUGCGUACUUUGCUUAAUCGUUCUGGAAAACAACUCAGAUCCCUUAAACUUGGUCGUGUUGAUGCUCCCGGAUGUUUGUUUAGAAGUUCUUGUCUUCCUCCACUAAUACUUUAUGGGAAUAAUGCGAGAAGAGCCCUUAAACUUGGUCGUGAUCCUCCUGGUCUUGGAUCUUUGUUUACAAGAUCUUGUUUUGAUCCACUAAAACUUACCGGGAAUCUUUUGACAAGUCUACACAUUUACUCUCUUGGAUUCAUGAACAUGAAUUCCUUUUUGGAUCCAUUGUCAGCCUGCUCGAAUCUAACCGAUUUGAAGAUUGUUGGAGUGAAUGUUUUGUUAGAGCCGAUAUUAGAGUUACUUGCGAGAAACUGUUGCUUGAUAGAGCAUCUGUUCUUAGAUAACUGUUCUCAAGGUAAAACUUUUACAUGGUGGGGCUUCCUUUAUUUUACUGUGGCUUAAAACAUUUUGAUAUCUCAAUAAUAUGCAUGCUUU